CCGGUUCCGGUUUGAGCAUUUUUCUAAUGACCGGCUGCGUACAUAGACGCGUAAUUAUUGAAGAUUUAAAUCGGAAGGCAUCGAGCGCUAUUGGGAAUUUUUUUUAUUGUCUUUGCUAUUAUUUGGAUUGGUUUUGCUGCCUUCAAGGCCUUGUUUCUUGCUUCGCAGCAUACCGCCAGUUUGCUUCGGCCAAGUGCCGCAGCUUAUCCAGCGGAGCACCCCUGCAGGCCAUUCUCGGCCAGCGGAGCACCCCUGUAGGCCAUUCUCGGUCAGCGGAGCGCCCUGCGCCGGCAUUCUCGGCCAGCGGAGCACCCUCUCCGGCCCUCACGGCCAGCGGAGCACCCCUGCACCGGCCCUCUCGGCCAGCGGAGCGCCUCUACAGGCCACUGCCUGGCCAGCGAAGCGCCUUUAGGUGCCAACUUUAACUCUCUGACAGCAUCAUCUCAUCUUUGCUUUCCUGAACAUCAGCGACCAGAUCGCUUACAUAUAUAGUGUGUGUGUGUUAAAGUGAAUUUAUGAGAAAUUAAAACCCAAAUCUGAAAAGUUUAAAAUGAUGCGCUACAUUGUAUAAAACAAAAAAUAGUGAAACAAUAUGAUAGAGUAAAAGCUCAACAGUGUAGCGCCGCUCAGCACAAGUUAAAAUGAAACAUGUUGAGAAAAAUUUAGUAUUGCAA